AUGCAUAAUAAAAUACCAGAAUCUAGAAAAAGAUCAUUAUAUUCAGAUUUUAGGAUCCUAAAGGAAUUAAAUCCAGAAGGUUAUGAGGCUAAUGUAGUAUUUUGGAGCAACUACAUUGUAUCUUCCUCCAAAUCAAUAAUAAUAAAUUCUAAAUCGUUUUUAGAGUCUUUAAACGAUCCAACAUAUCACUUACCAAAAAGUAUUGAUGUUGCAUUUGAUUUUCUAGUAAAUAAUAGGAAAUUGAUCCCUGUCAAUGACUUUAUUAUGCCAGAAUCUAAUUUUAAAAAGAAUUUGAAGUGGAUUGUAUCAAAAUCAAUAAUAGAUUUGUCAUUUAAAAUUAGGUCGGCCAACAAAACUUCUAAUAAGCAAACUAAUAGUACGCUACUUACAAAUUCAUAUAUUGACUCUAUAGAUUUAGUGAAUAUUGGUUAUCUUCAGGAGCUAUAUGAUACUGAACUUGCAAGGUCGCUCAAAACAAAAAUAUUGGAUAGUGCAACUCGAAUUACAGAUCUUAUUUUUUCGAUAGAUAGUUUUAGUAGAAUUAUUUUAAGUUUUAUUUCAAAAGAAGAGAAACAUGCCGAUACCGAUGAACACAUACAAAGGAACAUCUUAUUGAUAUAUUUAACGAAAUACAAAAAUAUAAUAAGCUAUGAUUCGGAAAACCAAGUGAUUAAAGUUCAUAAAAAUACCAUAAAAGAAUCCCUUAAACCUAUUUCAGAAUCUGAUAUAGCAAUAUCUCGUUUAAAAGACACUAUAACAAAAUUCACUAUUAGAAAUACGCAUUUAGAAACAAACAUAUUAGACUGCGAUAAAAGUAUCAAAGAUGCUGUGUCGACAAAAUCACCUAAUUUGGCCAGAAAGUAUUUGAAAACAAAGAGAAUAUCAGAAAUUUAUUUAAACAAAAGCUUAGCUAAUCUAGAAAAGCUCGAAUCUACUUUGGAUAUAAUUAAUAAUUCGCUAGAUAACCUUGAAUUACAUAAAUCUUUGAAAAUGUCCAAUAUUUUGAUUGGGGAAAUUAAUAAUAAAGUUGGUUCCGUAGAAUCUGUAGAAAACUUAUUGGAUGAUCUAGAUGAUAACAUACAAAACACAAAUGCAAUUACUGACAUUCUAUCUUCGGCAGUACCUUUGUCUACUGAUGAAGAACAAGAGAUUGAUAAUGAAUUGGACCAAAUGAUCAAUGGUAUUAAUAACAAAAAAAUCGCUAAUAAUAAUGAUAAUGAUAUCGAUCAAAUCAUAUAUAAGAAAUUACAAGACUUACAAAUCAACGAUAGUUCUCCUAUAGAAACAAUAGACAAUAAGAAUCAAGAAAAAGUUACACAAAAUACAGUUAAAUUGUCAGAGUGA